UGGAUUUUAGGUCAGAGCAAAGCGAGCUAUGGCGGUGCCGGCUGGGGGCUUUGUUCCAAAUCCUCCCGAUCCUGUCAAUCCGGAUCCGCAGACACUGCGCGAGCAGUGGCGCUACGCUACCAGGACAUACGCCAAGUACUACAGCAAUGCUUGGGGCAGCGCGCUGCUAGCAGGGUUCUUCUUCUUCUCCCUCGGCUGGUAUAUCAAGGGCGGGAAUCCCACCUCCGGUGGAUCAUCAUCGCCGAAGAAGAAGAAGUAGCUGUCCAUACAUCGAUCGAUCGAUCGAUCGAUCUUCUACUGUCGAUUGAGAGAGUGUAAGUUUUACUGGGUUCUCUCUUUUAGGUCUUUUGCCGAGUUUCUUUUCCCAUUGUAGGUUGUUUCUUGGUUUCCACCACUCGAGAAGAAAACAAACCAUGUCUCCUGUGAUUUAAGAACCAGGUGUCAGGAAAGAAGCGCGCGACGAUCGAUGCAUUGUUUGGAGAUAAGAAAACAAGGAACGAAUCGAAGAUUCACAGGUUUUUCGAGCACAGCGACUGUGGAUCUGACCACCAAAGCUUAAAGCUUUUCCAAUUUUCGGGCAGACGUGGAAGAACACCCCAGUGCCGUGCUCGUGAAAACACGUAGUCACAUUCCUCCCAUGCGAAUGCGAAGAGAGAGAGGUGGCCAUUCCGCCCUUUGGGCCGCACGGAAUGGGCCAGAGCCGUACGACAGUUAGCUGCUUAGCAACAAGAAAAAAUAGAAAUUAAUCCAAUCUCCGUUUA